AUGGCUGGGAUUCAACAACAACUGGACCGCGGUGCUGUCCCAAACCACAUCUCUAGCGUCUGUCCUAAAGGCACGAAGUUCCACGUGCUGGAAGUCGGAUGGCUAGAGUGUGAUGAGGCCUUUGUGCUUCGCGGUGGUAACACCAGCACCAAAAGCACUGAAAACAGGUCCUUUGUCAACAAGCGAAGAGAGCUGCCUAUGUACUGUAUCCUGAUUGAGCAUCCCCACGAGGGCCUGAUUCUGUGGGAGACUGGAUGUGGGAAAGACUAUCCGGAGGUCUGGGGUCCUACUCUCAGCGAUGUCUUUGCCCGUGUAAAAUACGAGCCCCGGCAUGAGCUGAAGGCGGCUGUUGAGGCUACCGGCAACAAGCUCGAGGACAUCAAAAAGAUCAUCAUUGGUCAUCUGCACCUGGACCACGCAGGCGGGUUGGACAUGUUCCUUGACAGAAAGGACGUUGAAAUCUGGGUGCACGACCGAGAGUUGAAGGCAGCCUUCUGGUCCGUGGCAACCGGAGCGGAUGCUGGCGUCUACCUGGAGCAUUACCUCAAGUUGAGCUUUAACUGGAAGACGUUCGAUGAUCGCACAUUCGACUUCUGCCAGGGCAUUACGCUGCAUCACCUGCCUGGCCAUACAGAUGGGUUGGUCGGUAUGCAGAUCAAUAUGCCGGAUAGCGGUACCUUCCUCUUCAUCAGUGACCAUUGCCACAUCAUUGAGAACUGGCGUGAUGGUAUUCCUCAGGGCUGGCUCGCAAGAGACCACCCGGCAUGGUUCCAGAGCACGCAACGUUUGAAGCAGCUCGAGAGAACGACCAGGGGUCAGGUCAUCCCAGGACAUGACAAGGAGACAUUCCUUAACCUGAUUAAGAAUGGUAAUGUGUAUACUUGA